AUGGUGAAGCUAAGCAACGCCUUUGUGGUGGCCUUUGGUGAAUUCAUGAUGAUGCACUCCAGGUUUGCCUCUCUAGUCACCUCCUUCUGGCCAGUCUACCCUGCCAACACUCUGGUGGUCACUGGUACCAUUGCCACCUGUGUGUGCUACUUGGGAGUGGUUGGAGGCAUGAGGGAGAACCGCUGCAUGCUCAUAAGCUUUUAUGUCCUGCUGUCCUUCCUGAUAUCUGUGGAGCUGGCCAUGGCCUGUGUGUUUUUUGUCUACAACAGAGAGAUUGGCACAUACUUUGAGAAAGAUCUGAUGCACAGCUUGGAGGUCUACAAGAUAUCGGGUCCAGGAGAAAAUCAGACACUCAAAGAUGACUUUGAUGCCAUCCAGUAUCUGUUUAAGUGCUGUGGAGUCCACGGUGUGGCAGACUGGGGGGGAAAUGUCCCAAUAUCCUGUUGUACUCUGGACCCUUGUAACGUCACUGACCAGCCCAACUGGCAAGAG